UCUGCUAAAAUACAAAUGCAGGACACUGUCACCACAAAUCCCGUUGGAGCCGAGCAAUAUCCGUCAUAUCUUUCUGCGCUGAACCCCCUUGGUAUGAACACGAGCAAACGCCAUCGCUACAGACCAGAAAACAUAAGAGAUCCCAGGAUCAACAAAAUAAAAACAGCAUAUACUGAGAACUGGCUACACCAACAGGAGCAGGCAAAUAUGACCUCGACCCCCCUACUAAACAUGGAGAAAGAGAAUGUCAAUCUGGAACCAGGCACCACCUCCCCUCCGCCGGAACCUCUGCUCACCCCCAAAAUAGAGGAGCCAGCUGAGAAGCCCAGAGGAACGGAGCUAGAACGACUCUUAUUGACCUCUCCAACCCCCUUUAGCAGGGACACCAAUAAACUCCUCGUAAAGUCUCUACAAGACUUAUACAAGAGGCAAAACGAUGAAAUCAAGAGGCAAUUGCUUGAGGACUCUGAAGAUGAAAGCGAAGAUGAAAUCCCGCUUAAACAGCUUGUCUAUGGCAAACCCAACAAUAAAAUAGACAGGAGGCAAUUAAAGCUGACCCAAAUGCCAAAUAAACCAAUUACCAGACUGUCUACAGGCGCAUCGGCAAGCUGUGCCACAUAUAGAGACAAACCCAGACGCCGCAGAAAUCUGGCAUCCCAAACGCAACUAGACCCGGCCAUACGCGAACUUCCGAUGCCUGACGAAAACUCAAACAACCAAGAAACCAAUCAACUGGCUGAUAGCUCCCUUCAAACUCGCAACUAUAAUGCAGCCGCAAACUCAGACGAAACAACCCUGGAGGAACAAAUGCCCUGCAGCUCCGUCUCUCUAAGAUGCCUAAAUCUCACCCCCAACCUAGGAAGGGAUGAAGUCCUCUCGCAACAGGCGCCAAUCCAAACCCAAACAGCACAUCCAACCACAGAGGAGACGCAGACCAAGGAAAGCACGCGUCCCACCAAACGAUCUCGUCGCCGCAAUAACAUAUCAACUGCCAAGACAGCUCAGCGAGGAGACACUGAAGCAGCCAGGUAUAGUUGUGAAACCCCAUGCCCACGCCGCAGGAAGCCAAGUCUACCUACAAAUCGAAACUGUGACUGCGGUAUCGAAAACUUUGACGAAACUAUGCUGAAGUUCGUGAACAAAGCCAAUAAGGCAAUAAUAAAAAUAAUUGAAUCAAUAAAUAAAACGCACAGGCAGUGCAGAGAUACAAACGAUAAUAUCGAAAUAUUCAACCUAAAAGGUCAAAAGUAGUAAUCAAUAGUAGUCAUGUACUAACUACUAAGUUACCAAACUAACUUAAAAAAUGAAAGAAAUCCCUUAGUUAUUAUAUUAUGUUAUGUUAUGUUUUGUUAUAUCUUACAUUACAAAGUUACAAAUACUCAACACCAUCGAAUGAAACGACAAAUGUAAAACUUAAUAUGCCGCAAACUGGCAGAAUACAAUGUAAUCAAGCCAUUAAUUUUCUAUAUUUAAAUUAAUAAAUAAAUGAGUACUUGGCUCAAAAC